CUAGGCUGAAGAUGGGGUCUCCUCACUGGGGUCGAAGCUCUGGGCAGCCAUGGAGGGUGGUUUGGUCUCUGUGGGGACGAGCUGUGUCAAGAUUACACUUGGACUGGACAACACGGCAUUUUGAAGAAGAUGAGGAGAUGCUGGUUCUAACGCACAACGAUGCGUUGAAUCAAACCUACACUGAGGGCGACAGAUUGCCCAACAAAAGCAUCAAAAGCCAAAAUGAUUCCCAGAGUGACGACACCAAAGGAAACCAAUCAUCCAGAGGCGAGACCAGGCUGUUUUUCACACACAGAGAGGACAAAACCUUAAAGGAUAAAUGCGAAAUUUCAAAAUCCACUGUCAACGCCAUGCUGGAGAGUCCAACAUUUAUGGAAACCGGAGAUGAAGUUCCCUCCUCAUCUGGCACCAUAACUUCAGAUGAUUCUCGUUCACUCAAAAACACGAGAGGCUGUGACAAGGAAAAACAAUUGUCUGAGAUGCAAGCUGACAAUAGAGAAAGGAACCUAAACCAGGAUCAGGAGAAAAAGAAUCAUUUCUGCAUGAUUCAUAGGUCUUCUACAGGGAGACUCUCUGAAGACAGAAAUAAGGAAAAUAAAGAAGAAAAAAUGUCGAGCACUUUUAAUCUAUUAACCUCCCUUCAAAAAGAGCAUGCCACCACAAGUCUGGCCUCUCCUGUUCGGAGCCUCAGCGCUGAUGCCGCAGCUCUGAAUCCCCCGCCCACCAUCACGGCCUGGGAGGCGAGCUGGAAUGUCACAAAUGCAAUACAGGGUAUAUUUGUAUUGGGAUUGCCCUUUGCCCUGGUUCAGUCGGGUUACAUGGGCUUGGUGGUGCUGGUUCUAUCAGCCUGGGUCUGCAACCACACAGGAAGGAGCCUGGUGGCCUGUUUGUAUGAAGAACAACACAGCAAAGAAUCAAGCUCUGUGUCAAAGGUUAGAGUCCGACACAGCUACCAGGAUAUCAUGGAUGCCUGCUGUAAAGGACUGUGGCCAAACUGGUCUGUAGUCGGAGGAUGGCUGAUCAAUCUAGCCCAGGUAAUCGAGCUGCUGAUGACCUGCACCCUGUAUCUGCUUGUCUCCACCACUCUGCUGUGCGACAGCCUGUCGGCAGUGAAUCUUCCCCGAUCGGCGUGCUCGCUGAUGUCGCUGAUGUUCCUUCUGCCCUGCCUGCUGCUGACUGAUCUCAGACCAGUCUCCACGCUCAGCCUGCUAUGCUCCCUGGCUCACAUACUGAUAAGCCUGUUAGUCAUAUUGUACUGUCUGAGUUGUGCCAGCAACUGGUCCUGGUCCUCCCUCUCACUGUCUGUGGACCCAGAAGACUUCAUUGUCUCAGUAGGUGUCAUCAUCUUCUCCUACACCUCGCAGAUCUUCCUCCCUCCGCUGGAAGGCAGCAUGGAGGAUAGGGGGCAGUUUGACACAAUGCUGGGGUGGACCCACGGAGUUGCCUGUAUCAUGAAAACCACUUUUUCAUUGCUGGCGGUGUUGACUUGGGGGCCAGAGACCAGUGAAGUCAUCACUGACAACCUGCCCCCCAACCUUCGGCCUCUUGUCAAUCUGUGUCUCCUUGCCAAAGCUCUCCUGUCCUAUCCUCUGCCCUUCUACUCUGCCGCUGAAAUUCUUCAAGCAUGUUUGCUUAGAGAUGCUUCCCUCUCAUCUUCUUCCAAACAGAGAGGUCAAGGAGUCUCUUGUCUGGCUCUGACGGUCCGAUGCGCCUUGCUGGUGUCGUCGUACUUACUGUCCAUGCUGGUGCCCAGGUUUUCCCUGCUAAUGGGCCUGACAGGGAGUGUGACCGGAGCAGCGAUGACACUCAUACUUCCAUGCGUGUUUCAUCUCAAACUGCAGUGGGAGCGACUCACCGUGCAGGACCGGCUGAUAGACCUGGCCAUCCUGAGUCUGGGGCUUAUCUGCAGUGUUGCUGGUGUGAUUUGUUCUGUGAAAGGGCUGGUGGAGGAUCUUUAAGAAGGUCAACUAAGUUAGAAAACAAAAAUAAACAAGUAAUUGUGUUUGUGUAUUAUCUGGUAUAAAGCUGAGCUUGUUCCUUUAUUUUACCAUGCAUUUUUUUUCACAGUGGAAUGCAUUUUUUCUCUAGAGGUCAAACUUAUUGAAACCCUUCAAAGGAAUCUAAUGCAUUCAGGAAGGUUUUUUUUUAAAGGACCCUGGACUAAAAUGUGAGAUUUAUAAUUAAAAUGAGAAGUGCUACUGCUGUAAUGUAGAUAGAAAAGGAUAAAAAAAAUCCCCUGUUUAACCUCCUAAGGACAGAUUGUGCUGUACCAUAAGAAAAAACAAGGUGUUUAUAUUGAACAUUAUUAAUAUACUCCUAUUUGAGUAUCUUAUUAGCACAAAAGCUCAAGUGUGUGCUUACUGACGAACCUUAGUAUGAUUUAUGGUUGGUAUGAUUUAUGGCAAAAUACAUGACAGCAAAGUAAAUGGAUGUGAAACUAUCUUAUAAUUUACUGUAUAAAAAGCUUUACAUAUGUACACAUAUAAAAAAAAUGCCAUUCAUAUUAGAGCUGCUAUCAAUUAUCGUUAUCUGUUUCUUUACUGCAAUGAAAUUAAUGUCUCAAAUAGCAACAUCCACACAAAAAAAAAAAAAGAUUAUUCCACUGCUUGAAAAAAAUAGCUAAAGGUUUCUGCAGCUGGUGAGGACACGAUUCUAAGCAUUAAUCUGGGAGGCCAAGGUUUUCUUUUAAACUUUACAAACUCUAUUAUGAGCAGGAAGGUUGUGAUUUUUUUUCUUCAUAAACUUUAUAUACCCAUACGUAUGCAUACCUGGCAUAAUUGGAAAGAGGUUGCAGACUGUAGUUAUAUUGUUCUGAGUUCUGUUUUAAAAUGUAAACCUUCACCUGUUAAAAAUGAAACACUAAUAGGAAGAAUUUGUCAGUUUUACAACCAUGUUCCC